CCCCUCCCGUCGUCGUCUUCGUCCUCACUCCACUCGCACGCUGCCUGGCUCUUCUCCCCACAUACACACACACUGCACGCCGUGCUGCUCGGUGGGCGCCACCGCCCGCCCACGGCUCCACCUCCAUUAACUACCUUCGAGCUCUCCAGUUCACCACCACCUCCCCUCCUCCUUGCAGUUACAGUUAUCACACGCCCGCCUUUGCUUAUUAUACCUCCGCCGCUUCUUGGACUCCUCUUCCUUUCUCCUGAUCGCUCAAUGCAGAGAGGAAGGAUGCGUACGUAGUUGAGGUUGAGGUGGUCGGAGGCAUGGGAGAAGAGGCGCGGGAGGCGGCGGCGGCGGCGGCGGGGAGGAGGAAAGAAGGGAAAGAAGCGGAGCAAGAUGAGCAGGGGAGGGUGAGGGUCGCGGCGGCGCUCGGCGCCAUUAGUGAUUUGGUGUCUGCUUCUCUGGCUGCUUCGCUGUUCCCGUUCAAGUGGCAGCUCAUCAGGGACAGGCUCAACCGGCUCCACGCCGGCAUCGCUGACAUCACCGUCGCCGACGCACCCAGCGACGGCGGGGAGAGGCACGAAGCGUUGGUUGGCCUCCUGCGGGCCAUCUCGGAGACGGCGAGGGAGGCGUCGGAGCUGGUGCCGAGGAGCCAGGGGAGGCACUACGGGGGCGGGAAGCUGCGGCUGCGCAGCGACCUCGACGUCGUGGCGGCGACGCUCGACGCUCUCGUGGCGCGGAUGGACGAGAUAUACGCGUCGGGCGCGCUGACGCGCGCGCGGGCGCUCGUCGUGUCGAGGCCCGGCGCCGGCGCCAGCCGCGAGGACGUGCGGUUCUACGUGCGCGACCUCUUCGCCAGGCUCAGGGUGGGCGGCGCCGAGAUGCGGAGGGAGGCCGCCGCCGCGCUCACCGAGGUGCUGCACGACGACGAGAAGUGCGUUCGCGUCGUCGUGUCCGACGUCGCCGACGGUAUCGGCGUUCUCGUCUGGCUGCUCGAGUGCCCGGAGGCUUGCGUCCAGGAGGAGGUCCUCGAGGCCGUCUCGGUGAUCGCUGGGUUUGAGGCUUACAGAAGCGACCUUGUCGUCGGUGGCGUCAUCGCUCCGGUGAUCCGGGUCCUUGACGCUAGGGCCAGACCGGUGGCAAAGGAGCGAGCGGCGCGGUUGCUCUGCAGGCUCACCGAGAACUCGGACAACGCGUGGGCCGUGGCCGCGCACGGCGGCGUCACCGCAUUGCUCAACGUCUGCGCUGACUACGGUGCCAGCGGCGGCGAGCUCGUGUGCGCGGCUUGCCGAGUGCUGAGGGGCCUCGUCGGCGUCGAUGAGAUCAGGAAGUACAUGGUUGCCGAGGCCGGUGCGGCGCCGGUGCUCGUGUCGCUCUGUCAGGGCGCCGCUGACGAGGCGGCGCACAUGCAGGCGGUGGAGCUCCUCGCCGCCGUCGCCUCCGGCGACAACUCCGCCAGGGAAGUCAUGAUCCAAGAAGGCGCCGUCGAGUCCCUGGUCUGCGCGCUCGACCCGAGCUCCCCGCGCUCCUCCAAGGCGCGGGAGGUCGCGCUCCGCGCCAUCGACGCGCUCUGCUUCUCCUCCCCAGCCUCGGUAUCCCGGCUGGUCGGCGCCGGCUUCCUCGACCGCGUCCUCUUCUUUCUCCGCAACGGCGACAGCACGCUGCAGCACUGCGCCCUGAAGGCGGCGCACCGCCUGUGCCACGUCUCGGAGGACACCAAGAAAGCCAUGGGCGACGCCGGGUUCAUGCCGGAGCUGGUGAGCAUCCUCCACGCACCCAAAUCCCUCCAGGCGCGGGAGAUGGCGGCGGAGGCGCUCUGCGCCAUGGUGUCCGUGCACCGCAACCGGAAGCGCUUCGUCCAGGAAGACCGCAACGUGGCGCAGAUACUGCAGCUGCUCAGCCCCGACGACGAGAAGCUCUCGCCGGCGAAGCGCUUCUUGCUGUCCACGCUGAUGCAUCUCAGCGACAGCACUUCCGGCCGCCGGAAGAUCAUGUCAUCGGAGCAUGUCAGGAAUCUCGAGAGGCUUGCAGAGACGAAUGUGACAGACGCCAAGAAGAUCGUGAAGAAGCUUGGCGGGAGCAAGCUCAGGAACAUAUUCCAUGGCAUCUGGACCCUGCAAAAAGCUUGACGACAAGAACCAGCUCACGAAUAGUACUACUGUUCUUAUGGCUUAAAUUAGCUAACACACAUGUUCGCCUCAUGUUUUUUUUUGUAACUGUGAAUGGACGAAUCAAUCAAUCCAGUGUAUUCUACAACUCGAUCGAUGAAUUCUUGCUCCUCAGAGAACUCAUCACUCAUCCUCACCUCAACAUCUGUGUAUACUAGCUCAUCUCAUCUGUGUCAAAUAAAAGUAUAAAAUCCAUUCAAGAAA